AUGCCGGCCGAAACGGAAACAUUUGCUACAUAUUUACGCGGUCUCACCACCACCAAACUGUCCUAUCCGAAAGUGAUUGGGCUUCCAACGUGGUUAUGGAAGGCGUCGACGCACCAUCCGCUGGCUCCUGUUGAGGCUAGGAAUUAUGGAUGCUGCUGUACUUGCUGCACUUCUAAGUGCGGCUUUCUCUUGAUGAUGAUCUUGUGGGCGAUCUACACAAUCUUUAUGCUGGGCGUGUUGAUCAUCGCCUUCCUGGCCGUCCCGUCGUCGGAAUACCCUAAAUUUGUGUUUAAGUUUGAGACGCAAAAACCGGCUUGGAUGCAACUCUUCCUGAUCGCUUGGGCGCUGAUUACAUUGAUCCACUCAGCGCUCUUCAUUUACAUCUGCAUCUACGAGACAAAGGGGACCGGCGGGUAUUUCCCGGAUCGCAUGGGACAUCUUAAGCAGGGAUAUCCUUGGCCAGUGACGAGCGCCUUCGGAAUCUUGCUCUUAAUCUAUCACGUAUUUAUGACCCUUCUCUUCAUUUCUUACUACCAUUUUAUCCGGGAUCGCCAGCUGGAGCUGGAGCAGCAGCAGGGCAGGAUGCAGUCGAUCCAAACGUAUAGA